UCCAGCCGCCUUGCAGGCAGGAUGCAGACGCUGGGAAGAGCGAUGAGGAUGGAGGCCCGCGAGGCAGCGCCGCCGGCGGGGGCGGGCGGCUGGAGCAAGUGGGUGAGGCUCAACGUGGGGGGCACGGUGUUCCUGACCACCCGGCAAACGCUGUGCCGCGAGCAGAAGUCCUUCCUCAGCCGCCUGUGCCAGGGGGAAGAGCUGCAGUCUGACCGGGAUGAGACCGGGGCCUACCUCAUCGACCGUGACCCCACCUACUUCGGGCCCAUCCUCAACUUCCUCCGGCAUGGCAAGCUGGUGCUGGACAAGGACAUGGCUGAGGAGGGGGUCCUGGAGGAAGCGGAGUUCUACAACAUCGGCCCGCUGAUCCGGAUCAUCAAAGACCGGAUGGAGGAGAAGGAUUAUACCGUCACACAGGUCCCACCCAAGCACGUGUACCGCGUGCUGCAGUGCCAGGAGGAGGAGCUCACGCAGAUGGUCUCCACCAUGUCCGACGGAUGGCGCUUCGAGCAGCUCGUGAGCAUCGGCUCCUCCUACAACUACGGCAGCGAGGACCAGGCAGAGUUCCUGUGCGUGGUGUCCAAGGAGCUCUAUAGCUCCCCGCACGGACUGAGCUCCGAGUCCAGCCGCAAAACCAAGCGCGCGGAGGAGCAGCUGGAGGAGCGGCAGCGGCAGGAGGUGGAGGUGGCACAGGUGCAGGUGGAGGUGGAGGCAGAUACGCAGCAGAAAGCCCAGUCAUCUCAGGAUCCCGCUAACCUUUCCUCCCUCUCACCACCGCCUCCUCCUCCUCCGCUUCCCGCCGGAGGUUCCCGUCUGCGCCCCCUCAGACCUGAGGCUGCGCUUGCGGUGAGGGCUUCUCCUGGGCCCCUCGCCCACCCCCAGAGCUGCCACGCCUGCUGUUACAAGCCAGAGGCACCCGGAUGUGAGGCCCCAGAUCGCCUCCAGGGACUUGGGGUUCCGUUCUGAAAUCCUUUAUUUUUGUACCACGGGGUGGGCCCCCAGCCCGAGGCGGAGGAAGAGCUCUCCCUGCUGUCACCUCUGUCUACACCUGCGGGGCUAUGAUUUACUCCUGCCUCCGGGGGCCGGGUGGGAGCCCACUGGGACCUCGCAAGGCCUGAUGUGGGCCCUGGGACCCCUGGGCAGAGCCGCCUGCGGGUGGUCAAAGUGUGGCGCUGUCCAGCUGUGUCUCCCAGGCCCCUACGUCCCCUCCCUCAGGUCCCCCCGCUGCAUGGCAGAUGCGCUCCCCCCGCAGCCCAGUCACAUCACCUCCUUUGGUCUCCCUGUCUGUCACGUGGGUUCACUUCCUGCCCUACCUACCUCAGGUUUGCUGUGAUUUUAACGAGAGGAGCAAAGGUCCCCGAAAGCCCUCAGGGGGGGCACGAGGUGCAGACUCGGACCUGCCCGGCCCAGGAUGGAGAUUGAGGGACUGGUGGGCGAUGAAGGGCGUGGCGUUAGCGCUGUUGAAGGAGGGGAUGGGUGACUCGGCCUUCACCUUGCCUGCUCCCCGCGCCCCUGCUGUCUGUACUGCCGGCCGCACAGUGCCCUGGCCAGGAGGAAGGGAGGCAUCGGUUCAGCAGGGGCAGCGGGGCCACUCAGGAGCUGGUGACAAGGGAAAGGGAGAGUCUGGGGUGGCAGGGGCUGAGCAAGGGGCCCCUCCUGCAUUUACGGCCUCCCCAGCUGGAUACUUGCUUCCCAGCGGUGUCCAACACCACCGUGUAAUAAAACCUGAAGAAACAGCCAGCCCGGCUGUCUCCCUCUCUUUCUCUGGGCCACGUUUGGGGACAGGUGGUGUAGACAGCCCAAAGGUAAUGGGGCUUUUUCAUAAAGCCCAGGGACCCCGCCCUGUUGUCACUCUCCCGUGCGUGCUGGGGGGGGGCACAUCACGGUUGCAUCCUCUGUCCCGUGGCCGGACACCGAGGGUACCAGCUCUGCCUUGCUGGGCGAACUUUGGAAAGUACCUUCCCCUCUCUGGGCCUCAGUUUCCUCAAUAGUAAAGUGACGAGGUGGACCAGGUGACUUCUAAGGCCCCGCCCCCUGGAGUCACGCAGGUCUCUUCCGGCCUCCAGGCAGACCUAGAUUAGCUGGGGUGCUGAGGGCUAGGGAAUUGGGCCUCUGGGAAUCAGAAUACCAGGUCCUCCCAAGCCUGGCUCCCUACGUCCCAAUUCCCAGUCUCACCUCGCCAUUCAGGUAAGGUGCUCUCCUUUCUGGCUUCACCCUACCACCUCAGCUCCCUCCUAACCUAGCAGGACGUCCCCUCUGCUUCCUGCUGUGAUAGCUUCUGGUCACCUCCACCCUCUGCCCCAAGUCCUAGGAAAUACAACCCCCAGUCUCCCCUCCAUCUUCUCUCAGAGUCUGACGGGACCCCCACCCCGCCUGGCCAGUUCCUUCACCUCCCAGGUCCUACUGAGUGUCUUCCUGGCUCCCCAGCCCCGCCCCCCAGCAGUUGAGCGCUGCCGGGGGACAUCUCUGCAAAGCAGUGCUCCCCUUGACCGAAGCCUCCCAGGGGGACCUCACCACUAGCCCUGGGGCCACGUGGCUCUCUGAAGUUGACCUCGCUUUUUGUGUCCAGCUUUGCUUGCAAAAGAGUUACCAGGAGCCUUGUUAAAAGGACAGAUUACCCCCUACCCCCUAAUUCCUACUAAGGCCAUGAAUUUGCACUUUAGCAAAGCACCCUCCAGCAGUGUUCUCCCCCUCUGAGAUCCCCGAGAGGCCACCCGGGGUAGUCCUGCCCCCACCCCAAAUGUGUCCCCCCAUAGCGUCUGCUCUAUCAUCUCCACAGGCAGGACCCAGCGGGCGGAGGGCUCUCCACACAUGGAUGCAAUGGCCGUUCCCUGUCUACCUUUGAAAACCCUCUCGACACUAGGCCCCCUCCAAGGCUCCCCGCUUCCUUCUCCCAGCUAGGCUCCAAGAAAGACUUGUCCGCCCUUGACACCCCCGUUCCUCCCCUCCACCAGGGCCCGGCCCUGUAGACCUCCCUGACCACUCCCACUCAGGCCACAGCCCUGGCUGCUAAGACCCCACCCCCCUCAGUUCCCCUCAGCCUCCUACUCCGGACCCGCACGUCUGCAGUCUGUGUCUCCCCCACCUCCUCAGUUCUCCUCAGCCUCCUACUCCGGACCCGCACGUCUGCAGUCUGUGUCUCCCCUACCUCCUCGUCUUCCCUGGACCACCGUCCUUGCAGGGCAGCUCUAAAAUCCCUCCUCCAAACCUCUCUCAAGCUCCGCCUGCCUCCUGGACAUCUCCCUCCCAGAAGCGUCCCAAGUUCAUGACACCUUCCCAGAGCUUUUCCCUCCCCAGGUGCCCUGGGUGGGAGUGGUCCUGGGUGACUCCUCCCUCACGUCACCCCAUCCACUGAGGCACCUGGAGGACAGUAAGGGUCCUUCAACCCUAUGUCCAUCCUCCUUGCCCUGCUCCAUCCAGGAUCCAUCCUCUUCUCCCUGGAAUUCCACAGCGGCCUCCUUACCGGCCUCCCUGCCUCCCACUUCCUCCAGGCUGGUGCCGGUGGUGGUUCUAAAAUGGGAAUCCAUCCUGUGUCAGUCACUUCCCUGCUCUAGAGCCUUCCACGGCUUCCCAGAGCGCCCAGGGUCAAUUCAUAGCUCCACUCCAAGCGCUUUGCCGUCUAAUCUCAGUUUGCCCCUCCCCAUGCAUUCCUUUUUAGCCCUACCGCCCACCCCACCACCACCCCUGCCAACCUCUGUUCCAACUAAAAACAACUUACUGUUCCCUAACAGGCCACUGACUUUGGGGACUGCUGCCUUUGCACAUGCUGUUCCCCUGCCUGGAAUGCUCUUCCCCACCUUGGCCACCUUUGAACCCCAAGUCUCCUCCAGGCAGCCUUCCCGAGUUGCAGUCUACCCCAAAGCCCCGUCACCCUGGAUCAGCAUCCCCACCCCUCCCGAGAUGAAGAGCCAAGUUCUGUGCAGCUCUGUGACCCCAGUGCGGCCCUUGGCACGUGGUAGGAGCCUGGAGCUGCUCGCUGAAUAAAUGACUCAGAGUGCA